UUCUAUUAGUUUUGAGAUGAAACUUAUCUUACUAACAAUUUUGAUAGCCUCGGCUGUGGACGCCAGAGAUCCCCGUUGUGUGCAGUACAAGCUAAAUGCACAAGCGUUGACAUUACCGCAUAGAAGUGACUGUACAAAAUUUCACAUUUGUGAUGUACAGGGAAAUGCGCUGGAAAUGAAAUGUCCAGCAAAUACUUACUUCAGUGCUGACGAUGGUGUUUGUUCGUUCGAUAACUCCGCUUGCAACGGAGCUGUGAUUAUACCUGAUAUCAAACCGAAGCCUGAAGUUGUACCUCCUGAAGAAACGGAAAACGAAAAAAAUCCUUUGAACACGGCUUGCAAAAGUUUACCAUCUGGGACAACCUUGCCAUUGGACGGAGAUUGUAUUUCGUAUAUAGUAUGCCUCUAUGAAAAACCAAUUGUCGUACAUUGUCCUGAAGGAUUGGCAUACGAUAAUCAAAACAGUAAAUGUGAAUUCAAAGAAGCAACAGCCUGCAAUAACCAAGCGAGGCCCUAUUCGGAACAAGACUCCGAUUCAACAAAAUAUCAGCUGCCCACUUUCGAAUUCAUGAGCAAUAAUGAUCCCUCACCAAUUCAACCAUCUAAGCCGGAUAGUUCUGCGACAGAUGCACAAAUCGUACCCAAUGUUCCACAAAAACCGAUAUUAGUUGCACCACACGAUCCAGAUCCUAACGUUCCAAAACCCGAACUAGAGAAACCUGAUCCAAUUAUUCUGGUAAAGCCUGAAACUCUACAACGGCCAAUUCUAAACUUACAACAGGCUCCAAACGUGUUUCCACUGCCUGACAUUUCCAUCGAACCACCGAAAAAUACAAAUAACAGAUUUGAGUUUUUGCCUUACAGUCAGCCAGAUCCACGUUGCCUAAGCCGAACGGAUAACCUUGUAAUGUUUCCUCAUUCAACCGAUUGCGGAAAGUAUUUUGUAUGUGUUGGUAAUGUAGCAAUAGAGAAACAGUGUCCCGUUGGGCAACAGUGGAGCACCGAAUACAACUGGUGCGAUUUUCCGAAUCGAGCAAAUUGCAAGUUGUAAUGCCAUUAACAUACCGACUCAUUCAGUUUUUUAUGAAUAAAGUUAAAUUACCGUCAUCCGGAAAAUGUA